AUGGCAAUUCAGCAGCGCGCUUCCGGUCUCUAUAGCCGGGUCCGAAGCUUGGUCGACAACUACAUUAUCAGUCCGUCGAGCAGAGAGAGGUACUACAAACAAAUCAGCGCCUUCGUUUCCGAGAACCCAAUACUCUCGACUUUCCUCGGCACGCAAUUGGUCUUCUCUAUUAUCCCCCUUAUCCUCUUCAUCACCUUUAGCCUCGGCGUCUUCCUCCUCGCGCUCGUCUCCACCGUCCUCUUCAUUCUCUUCUGGACCGGUGUCCUCCUUUUAGCCCUCAUAUCCGCUGCGCUUUUCGUACUUUUCUGGGUCGUGACUGCGCUCCUUGUCCUGAUCCCUGUACUGCUGAUUAUGGUCAGCUUGGGACUAAUGGUUGCGUUCACGGCUGUGAGCAGUUACUUCGUUACGAUGAAGGUGUUUGGUGCUGUGCCUGAGGGAAGGAAGGAGGCGGCCUUGCCGAAUGGGAAGGUUGCGAUUGUGGAGAAGAAUGGAGAGGGGCUGGGGGAUGUUAAUGGCGAGGUGAAGGGAUGA